AUGCCAUGGUUGAUGGUAUUCAGAUACAAAAUGGAGCUUUACGACGAUCCUACUUGGGAGUAUCAGACGAUUAAUUUUAAGGUAUACAAGUUCAACUUUGAGACCAAAAUUUGGGUGCAAGUCAAUGACUUGGGUGAUGUUGCAAUGAUCCUAGGGAGUAAUACUUCGAUGUCGAUUCGUGCAUCGCGUAUUCAUAACUGCAGAAGGAACUGUAUUUAUUUCAGCAAUGAUGAGUGGCUAUUUCGGAAUGGAAUCCCUUAUACCUUUGGAGGAACUGUAUUCAUACUUGCUUAUUGCUGA